CAGCAUCGUAGGCGAAACUGACACCCUGUCCCCCGCCUUCCCCGACCUCCUCUUCUUCUCCUCGCCGGCCCCCGCUAUGGUCUCAUCCGUGUGUUCCCCACCUAACCCCACCCCCCAAUCCGCCAUGCCCGGCGGCUCCUGCCCCGACCCGGCCGCGGAAGCGCAGCUCCCGCCGCCGAUCCACCACCUGCCGCCGGACGCGCUCCACAACGUGCUGCUCCGGCUGCAGCUGCGCGACGCCGUCGUGUGCCGCCUCGUCUCGCGCCUCUUCCACGAGACCCUCUCGCCGCAGCUCCUCGCGCUGCUGCCCACCCUGCGCCUCCUCCUCCUCCGCCACCCGCGCCCCGACGGCGGCGGCUGCCUCCACGCCUUCGACCCCGCGCGCCGCACCUGGCUCCGCCUCCCCUUCGCUCACUUCCUCCCCUACCAGUCCUUCUCCCCCGUCGCCUCAUCCACGUCCCUCCUCUACCUCUGGGUCGAGACCUCCUCCUCCACCUCGCCCCUAGCCCUCCAGUCCACCACUACGUCUUCCUCCGCCGCCUCGCCCGCGCACCCGCUCAAAUCGCUCGCCGUCUGCAACCCCUUCGCCGGAACGUACCGCCUCCUGCCCCAGCUCGGAUCCGCCUGGGCGCGCCACGGCACCGUCCUCGCCGGCCCCGGCGGCAUGGUGCUCGUCCUCACCGAGCUCGCAGCGCUGUCCUACACACCCUCCGAAUCCGGCAAGUGGAUGAAGCACCCGCUCUCGCUGCCGUCCAAGCCGCGGAGCCCCAUACUGGCCUCCGCCGCCGUCUUCGCCCUCUGCGACGUCGGCACGCCGUGGCGCAGCCAGUGGAAGCUCUUCUCCUGCCCGCUGGACAGGCUCACCGGGGGCUGGGCGCCCGUGGAGCGAGCAGCGUGGGGAGACGUCUUCGAGGUUCUCAAGCGUCCUCGGCUCCUUGCCGGUGCCGGCGGCCGCCGGGUUCUUAUGGUCGGCGGGCUCAGAUCCUCGUUCGCCAUGGACGCGCCGUGCUCCACCGUUCUCAUACUCCGUCUAGAUCUAGCCACCAUGGAGUGGGACGAAGCUGGGCGCAUGCCGCCCAAUAUGUACCGCUGCUUCACUGGCCUCUGCGAGGCUGCUUCACAGGGCAACGCCAUGCCUGCCACCGCUGGCGGGGGUAACAAUAAGGUCAAGGUUUUCGGAGGCGAUGGAAAGGUGUGGUUCGCUGGUAAGCGAGUGCGCGGGAAGCUUGCAAUGUGGGAGGAAGAUGAGACGGGGAGCAGUGGCAAGUGGGACUGGGUGGAUGGUGUUCCUGGUUAUGAUGAUGGUGUGUAUCGUGGAUUUGUGUUCGAUAGUGGAUUCACAGCGAUUCCUUGAUGCACAUGGAAAACGUAUCCUAGUCUGGUGCACUCAAAUUGAGGUUUAAUUUGACCCAGGACAUCUAUCUAUCGCAUGCACAGGAUCUGUUAUGCCCACACAUUUUAUUUACAGUCUUUAGCAUGGGCUGUUGAUACUUAUCCUAUUAUUACCAGUUGCCUUUAACUUCAUGAGAAUAGAGGAAUAAUGGGAGGGGAGCAGGCCAGCAAGGCCAAGACUCUGCAGCUGCUGCUGUUCCUGUUGGUUCUGUCGCGGUGGCCAGCGCAGAGCUUACUCUGGUCAUUCACGGCACGGCCGAUCUGUAAGGGGACAGCAGCAGUAGUCGAUUUGAGGGCACAGAGCAACAAGGAAAGGGAAGAGAAGUGACAAGAAUGAAAAGUUUCGGGUGGCGGCGCAUCUGGAGAGCGGGAGGGAGUAUGUGGGCUGGGGCAAACACCUCAUUCCCUGUCCCUCCCCUUCCAUUCUGCUGUUUUGCAGUUUGUUAGAUCGGUAUGGCGUCGACUUGCCUUGUAAGUGCCUAGGUGAGAUUGGAAGGGGGUGGUUUGCACCUGCCUUAUCGCCUUAGGCCUUGUUUGGUUGCAUAUGGAUUGAGGGGGAUUAAAUCCUCUUCUAUUCAAUUUUGACUAGAAAGGUAUUUAUCUGCUCCAAACCUCUUCAAUCCCCUCCUAACAGAACAAGUCCUUAAGGAUCAUGGUUUUAGCCUACCA